AUGCCUCACGCCGACUCCUCCUACUUUGCGCCAGGCCUAACCAAGGCCGACGUCUACACCCAACUCCUGGACCAAACACAAGGUCUACUGGAUGGCCAACGGAACUGGGUCAGCAACCUCUCCAAUGUCGCAUCCCUCCUCUGGCACGCCUAUGCCUCCCUCCCAGCACCCUCCUCCUCCGUCAACUGGGCCGGCUUCUACAUCCGCGAUGACAAGUUCCCUGCCCUUGCUUCGCCUGUCUCCUCUCCUCCACUGCCAGGCGCGCCAGGCUCCGGCGGCGUGACCAUCUCGACUACAUACUCCUCCUCGGAGAACCAGAUCCUGCUCCUUGGACCCUUUAUGGGCAAGCCUGCUUGCCAAGAGAUCCGCUUUGGACGAGGUGUGUGCGGUACCGCGGCCGCGAAGGGUGAGACCGUUGUUGUGCCCGAUGUGCUCGAGUUCCCGGGACACAUUGCAUGCGACGCCGAGAGUCGGAGUGAGAUUGUUGUGCCGAUUUUGGUUCGGGGAGAGACUGUCGCUAUUAUCGACAUCGACUGCACCGAGCCCUCCGGCUUUGACGACGAAGACAAGAAGUACCUUGAGCAGCUGGCUACUUUCCUUGGCGAUAACUGCGAUUGGUGA